AUGAAUUUAGAAGUGGUAGAAUGGGGAGUACCAGCGAGUAUACUUGUGAAUCUGAGUAUUCAACCAACAAUAUGUGAUGAGAUAAGGGAGAACCAAGCAGGAGAUGUUAAGUUGGAUAGGAUUCGUGAGAAAAUAAAGCAAAGGAAGGAUAUAGAUUUCAAAAUUCAUGAAGAUGGAAGUUUAAGGUACGAGGGUCGAUGGUGUGUACCGCAAAAAUGUGAGGAAGUAAAGAGAAAAUUAAUGGAAAAAGGUCAUAAUACACCAUACUCAGUACAUCCAGGAGGGGACAAGCUAUACAAAGACUUGAAAAAGAUGUAUUGGUGGCCUAGAAUGAAGAAUGAAGUUGCGGAAUUUGUAACAAAGUGUCUAAAUUGUCAAAAGGAGACCUGGAAGAUGGAGCAACUUGCAAAAGCUUACAUCAAGAAUUUUGUGAGGUUACAUGGAGUUCCAAAGGAUAUCGUGUCUGAUAGAGAUUUUAGUUACCAUGCAAGCAUUGGCAUGGCCCCAUUUGAGGCAUUAUAUGGAAGAAAGUGUCGCAGCCCAGUAUGUUGGAGUGACAUAAGUGAAACAAUGAUUUUAGGGCCUAAAAUGAUCGAGGAUACCGUUAAGAAAGUAAAAGAGAUUCAAGUUAAUAUUCAAGCAGCACAAGAUCGUCAAAAGAGUUAUGCAGAUUUGAAGCGUAGGGAAGAAGAGUUUGAAGUUGGUGACAAAGUUUUGUUGAAGGUAUCACCAAUGAAAGGUGUCAUGAGAUUUGGGAAGAAAAUGAAAACUUAUCCCAAAGUAUAUUGGUUCAUAUGA